AUGUGGACAGGAGUCCUCGUGGUCAUUGGUGCUUGCGGCACCACCUCCGCCUAUCUCUUCUGGUGCGCGAGUCCGGAUGCUGCCAGGAGUGAGACUUGUGCUGGCUCCGGAUCACAGAGCAAUCAGGACUUCGCUGCAGGUUGCGGCCUCCUCGUAGUCGGGGCAUUCUUCCUUUGCCUGGCGUGUCAGAUGAGCGCUUGGAUGGAAACCGCUGUGAAGCUGAUUCAGUGGUCUUGCAAGUGCAUCUUGCACACGCCGAGCCUUUUCCUGGCUCCUCCCAUCAUCGUAGCAUUUCGAGGCCUAGCCACCGUGUGGGGAGUCUAUGUGGCUGUGCUGCUGGUAACGGCAGGCAUCUCGAACUACAAGUGGUCCCUGAACUACGACAUAGUGGCCCAGGACUUUGCCAGUUGGACUGGGAACCGGCAGUUCGCCCUGUCGCCAAACGAGUGGAUGUGCUUGCUCUUUACCGUUUUGAUGAAUAUCUGGGUGCAAGGGAUCAUUUACGCCUUUUGCGAGUUCGUGACUGUCUACACCAGUCAGCUGUGGUACUUCUCUGGGGGCAUGAGUAACCAGGGAUCUGCGCCCGUGUUUUCGCUCUUUAGGGCCUGCUGGGUGGCGGUGCGCUACCACCUGGGAAGCAUCAUAGCUGGCGGCCUCAAAAUCAUGGUCGCCACGCCUUUCCAUUUCACCUUGGGCUGGAUAGAUGCAGCUACCAAGUCCAAGUACAAUCCUGUCGGCUACAUCCUCGGUGGUUGCUGUGAUUGCUGCCUCACCGUUUACCGCCAGUUUUUCGGGAACAUGACGCGGCAUGCCUUCCUGGACGUGAGCUUGCAGGCCAUGCCAUUCAACGAGGCAGCUGUGCAUGUUCGCGAGAUCCUAGCUCAGGAGUCCACGGCCUUCUCCUUGCUGACGGGUGCCUCCUGGCUUCUGCAGAUCGUGGGCCUAGGUCUCAUUGCGGUGGUUGGCCAUGUCGUGGUGCAAGUGGCGAUCCAGGCUCGUGCUGAUCUGCGUGUCGACACGGAAAGUCCCACCCACCCAUGUACUGACCUUUACUCGAUGGGCAAUGCUGGGCGCCGCAGCUCCACAACACCUUCAUGCUUUGACUACCAGGUCCCCGUCAGAGGCAUGCAAGAAGACAGCUCGCAGGUGCUUCUGGAAGUCCUAGUGAUCUGCCCAGCCAUGGAAUUGUUGAAGUUGUGCUACCUUGAAGUGCUUCGCAUCCCAGCUGUGCCAAGGCAAGACCGUGAUAGCAGUUUGCGACGGAGAUGUGGCAAGCUCCUGUCUCUCUUGGGUGCGCUCCUGUGGCGGCGCCGCCGGCGUGCAGUCUUGGGCCGGGAGGACCAGGCAGGAGGCCAUGGAUCCGACGCAGCAAACCCAUCCGUCUUGACAGACACGAUUUGUUUGAUUCCUGGCAGCACACCGGUGACUCGAGUCGAGGACGCCCCAGGAAACGCACGUCGGAUCUAUACUGGCAUCGACAUCCGUGCAAGCGUUAACGACGUUUGGGAGGUGUUGACCGACUAUGAGGGCCUGGCCCACGUGGUGCCCAAUCUGGCGGAGAACUCCAUCGUGCAGGGCCCAGAUCGGCAGGGUGGUGCUCGUCUGUGGCAAAUAGGCCAGGCAUCCUGGACGAUUUGCGGCAAGACUUUCCACUUCAAAGCUGGGAUGACGCUGGAUGUUCGACUGCACCCCGAAGGAGUUUGCAGAUCUGGCGUGAAGGUUUGCGGGGAAAGAAUGGAUGCGGCUCACAUGUUGAGCUCAGAGGUCAGAGCCCACGGCAGGAGAGAGAAGCUCAUCCGGGACGUUUUUCCCAGGUGCGGGAGCGCACGUUCACCUGUGAGUGCUUCGGGUGCUGCUCGCCACAGCGCACAUCGCGUGCCUUUGUGCACUCCUUGA